AUGGCCUUCUGGAGGUUUCGAGCACUAUGUUUGUCUCCACUCACACUGUUCUGUGUGGGGAUAUCUGUCUGGCUGUGUGGUGGUCAUGGCGGUGGUCCGACUGAAGUGUCUGCCGUGAACCUGCAGAGUUUUGUCGGCUGUGCUGUGAGGGAGUUCACCUUUCUGGCUCGAAAGCCCGGCUGCGGAGGUUUGCAGGUCACCACGGACGCCUGCUGGGGGCGCUGUGAGACCUGGGAGAAGCCAGUUCUGGACCCACCCUUCAUUGAGUCCUACCAGAGGGUGUGCACCUACAACCAGACACAGUUUGUGACUGUCCAGCUGCCCAACUGCACGGCCGGCGUGGAUCCCCACUACACUUACCCAGUGGCCCUGAGAUGCGACUGCGGAGUUUGUGUGACCAGUACUACUGAGUGUAUCACCUCCGUCUAA